AUGACAUCCAGCAACGUCACCAUUUUUAACACCAGUUUCGGCACCAAUAACCUGUCAUACACAUGGACAGCUUCCGAAAAGCGUUUCCUGCAGCACGUCUGCCGUCCAUACAAUUUGAAAAUCUCAACCGCGGACUGGAAUCAUAUUUCAGACGUCUUUGCAACAGAACAAGUACGACACUUUGCCGGCGGUGAUCUUCAUGCUACGGAUUCUUGGCCCCCCAGACCGUGUACUUGGGAGCGUUUCAAGAAAGCUUAUGCGCGUUACGUCAAAGAUGAGGAGAAAAAGAGGCAGGAGGCUGCGCAUACUAUGUUGAACCUCGCUGGCGUUUCGGUUGGUGCUGCUGGGAGGCAGGAACAGGAACAGGAACAGGAGCAGAAUCAAAAUUUGCAAGUCCCUGAAGGUGGAAUCCGACUUUCUGCAAGUCGUAUCCCGAUCCCUGAAGGUAGCAUACUUCUUCCAGAUGGUACGAUCCGUUUACCGUGUGGAAGUCAAAUUGUGGUGACAAAUGUUGUUAAUCCAGUCCCCCAGGCAGAGAACACAGUUCCUGUCGGUGGCGUUCGACUUCCUGAUGGUAGGAUUCGUUUGGCUAAUGGAAGGCAUCUUCUUCCUGACGAUCCCAUGACUCCUAACCCAGCUCCUCAAGGUGAGAACUGA